GGCCACAGCCCUGCAGUGUUUAGUUCCAACCCUGAUCCAACAACACACAUACCAUUUAGCUUUCAAAUAAGCCUGAAUGACUUGAUUAGCUGGAUCAGCCUUGAUGUUCGGUUGCAAAGCCUAUGUCAAAUCUAGGUUUUCACAUCACUGACCAAGCACAAGAGGUGAUGGAUGGGCCAGUAGAUGGCACCAAGCUCAUUCUGAGACUCAAGCCAGAUCUCCUGGAAGCUCUUACGGGAGAUCCAGACUUUCUGCUUCAGCAUUGCCAUGCCAGUGACAUACUGUCCAACAAUGAGUACAACAACAUCAAAGACAUGAACAUGCGUUCAAGGCAGGUACGGGACAUCUUGGAUUAUGUUAUUCACAAAGACAACAAGCAUGCUCUGAAAUUCCUGAAGUUGCUGAAAACACAAGACAUGCAAGAGACAUUUCCUAAACUACAGUUCCUUCAAAAGCUGCAAAUCAACAAACGCAAGACACCAAAAAACACAGAGGCGACAGCAAAAAGACGGCAGGAGAUGUUGGAGAACAAUGUAUGGCAGGAGCAGCAGCAUAUCAUCAGCACUAGGAUGGUGAGCGAGAGGGAGAUGAUGAUGGUGGCCGGCUGCAUUGGGAACAGCUGGAGGGAGGUGGGCAUUCUGGCACUGGAUAUGAACACCACCACUCUUCAGCAGAUAGAGGAGGACAACAGCCAACACAAGAUGCGGGUUUUCACCAUGCUGCGAAAAUGGAGCAUAUGUGAGAGGGAACAAGCCACGGCAGCUCGUCUCCAUUCCCUACUAACCCAAGAGGAGAGCGGCAUAGACACUCUGAAAAUCAACUUCCUGUUGGACAACAACUGAGGCUGCUAGGAGGACUUAAGAGUGAUGUAGGCAUGAUGUCAAAACCUUCUCUACCGGGUUUUAUCUAGGGGUUUUUACAUUUGUAAAACAAGUUCUGUGGUAAACAUAAAUUGCCAAUACUUGA